AGAGAGAGAGCGCUCUGGUACCCGUUCCCUCCGCCGCUCUCGUGCUCAUCUCCGGUACGAUGCCGCCGCCGCGGGCGUCCGCCAUCCUCUCCGCCGCCUGCAGGUCCAGCAGGACGCUCUUCGUUAUUAGGAGGCUCGGCUUCCUUGGUUCCUGCACGCCAACUGUUCGUCAGAAUGCCUCAGUGGAGCUUCCCGGGGCAGGCUUAUAUCCACGCUUUCACCAGAGCAUUCUCCCAAUUCACUGCGUUGUUGGAUCUCUACGGCUUUGUCAUUCUACCGCUUUGGAUGGUUCCAAGGAUGUCCAUGUCAGCGAAAUCGUUAAAAUCCUCAAGUCUAGAGAUGGCGACAGUGAGCUCGCCGAAGUUCUCAAUCAAUUUGCAGACGAGAUGGAUGAGGAUGUUGUGCUAAAGGUGCUCCAGAAGCAGAGGUCCAAUUGGAAAGUCGCACUAUCUUUCUUCAAAUGGGCAGCUGGUCUGCCCCAGUAUAACCAUGGGUCAAGGGCCUACACGGAGAUGCUUGACAUUCUUGGGAGGAUGAAGAAGGUCAGGCUCAUGAGACAACUGUUUGAUGAGAUUCCUGUGGAGAGCCGCCAGUCAGUGGUCACAAACAGGAUGUUUGCUGUCCUGUUAAACCGGUAUGCAGGCGCGCACAAGGUGCAGGAGGCGAUAGAUAUGUUCUACAAGAGGAAGGAUUAUGGGUUUGAGCUUGACUUGGUUGGAUUCCAGAUACUUUUGAUGUCUCUCUGUCGGUACAAGCAUGUUGAGGAAGCAGAGGCCCUCUUUCUCCAAAAGAAAGAUGAGUUCCCUCCUGUCAUAAAGAGCUGGAACAUCAUUCUUAAUGGUUGGUGUGUCAAGGGAAGCUUGGCAGACGCUAAAAGGGUUUGGAAUGAGAUAAUUGCGUCUAAGCUUAAGCCUGACCUGUUCACCUAUGGUACAUUCAUAAAUUCGCUUACAAAAUCUGGCAAACUUAGUACUGCAGUAAAACUAUUUACAAGCAUGUGGGAGAAAGGGAUCAAUCCUGAUGUGGCAAUUUGUAAUUGUAUCAUCGAUCAAUUGUGCUUCAAGAAAAGGAUUCCAGAAGCACUUGAGAUUUUUGGUGAGAUGAAUGAUCGUGGUUGUCAGGCCGAUGUUGCUACCUACAACACUUUGAUAAAACACUUCUGUAAGAUUAAUCGGAUGGAGAAAGUCUAUGAGCUUUUGGAUGACAUGGAGGUUAAGGGCGUCUCUCCAAACAAUAUGACAUACUCCUACAUUCUGAAGACGACAGAGAAACCCAAAGAUGUUAUUUCAUUGAUGCAGAGAAUGGAGAAGUCUGGUUGCAGACUGGACUCUGAUACAUAUAACUUAAUAUUGAACCUUUAUGUCAGUUGGGAUUAUGAGAAAGGGGUUCAGCUAGUAUGGGAUGAAAUGGAGAGGAAUGGAUCAGGCCCGGAUCAACGAUCAUUUACUAUAAUGGUUCAUGGACUCCAUUCCCACGAUAAACUGGAUGAGGCUUUGCAUUAUUAUAGAACGAUGGAGUCGAGAGGGAUGACACCAGAACCAAGGACGAAGCUAUUGGUAAAAGCAAUACGUAUGAAGAAAGAUGAACCUGCUACAGAAGAACCUCUUACCAGGAAGAAUCUAAAAUUGGAUCCAAUUUCAAGACUAUUCCAUGUUCGUAAAUAGUUCAUCAAUAGAUUAUACUCCAGUUGGGGGCUUAGGUUUAUGGGCUGACCAAAUCUAGCCUAAGAAUGUCCAGCUAGCCCAGGUUUAUGCAGCUGUGAAGAUGUCAAUUUGUUGGAUAUUCUAGGAGUUUCAUGGCUGAAUGUGAGGCAUUGAGUAGGGUGUGCCGCUGUUACUUAAUAAAGAUAGUCACUUUUUGCUCAAGCAUUGACUUCCAAGGUCAAUGAUUCAACAGCACUGGCCUAGCAGUCUUAAGUAUAUGCCUCAUGGUAAAUUGGGUAAUUGCAUCAGAAAUGUGUCAAGACUCCAGGCAAUACCCUCUGUCUAGCUCAGAGACAGGGCAUUACUGUUGACGCCACAGAUGCACUGGAGUAUCUUUACCACCACUGUCAGCUACCAAUCAUCCACUGUGAUCUGAAGCCAAGCAACAUUAUUGUUCAGUGGACAUGAGCACACAUGUUGGGGAUUCAGCGUGUCAAAAAUUCUUUCUGAAAAUACAAGCAAAACUUUGCAAUCAGUUCAAUUGGAAUUAGAUGUUCCAUCAGUUAUGUUGAUCCAAGUAACAGAGAUCCAUGCGUUGGUCUCAUUAUUUUUAGAUCUUUCUUGAUACAUGGAUGUGGUAUCCUGACAUACUCCCCCCUUUUCUUGUCACCUUGUUUGCAUCAGGUUUUAUAGUCAAACUGGUAAACCUCAAAAUUGAAGGGAAAAAAAAUUAACUGAAAUAACGUUUUGGACUGUUACUGAAUUAACUGA